AUGCUGCCAACGCCGCUACUCAGCGUCUACGAAGAAUACAAAAAAGACACGAACUCUGUUGCUGCAUGGCUUGCUUCAACCGCCAGGGCUGCAGGAUGCCCAUUGUCUCUCCUUACCGACUGUCCUGCCGCUUCUGGUCGUCUCAAGGGUAAAGAGAGGAAGCAGGCCAAGUUGAAGUUGUCCCAAGCCAGCAACAAAUACAUCAUUCCUAUCAGCAAGUUUGUCCCUCUCGCCGAAUACGUCACGUCUCGGAAAGACCCAGCUAUAUCUGUACCCGCUUGUGUCAUUUCGUCUAUUGAGAGGGCCAUCAGUGCGAGAGCGGGUUUUACCACCCAGCUUUCUCACCAAGAAGAGCCUUUGGAUACCGAGAAGAAUGAGAGACACGCACACUUUGUCACUGUCCUGAAGCGUACCCGAAAUAUCCUCCGCUCGAAAGAGACUAUGACACCGUCUCCAACUCCCGCUUUCUGCUCAACCUCGGAAAAGGAUAUAACUGACACAGCCAACAUUAAUCGAUUUGCAUCACUCGAAAUAAACCAACUCUCAGAAGAAGUCACAGACAUGAUGGCGAAGGAAAGACCUGAGCCUGCUGUGAACGACCCGAACGUCUAUGAAGCUGAGCAACCGAAGACCUUCCGGGAUGCAUGUGACAUUGCUUUCAUGCUGUCCAAAGAUCUUUUCAACAUCCGCCUUGAGAUCACCUCGAGUUGGGGUCACUUCGUGGAUGGUGAAUGGGACGUUUCCGCCGCCGCCCUCGCUUCAAACACUGCGCUGGACCUUGCAAGAUUUAUCAUCCACCAAGCCGAACCCGUGUUUGAGCCGCACCACGGUAUUGUCAAGUUUUUCGCGAUGUUCAACCACAAGUCGGCUGAAUGGAUGAGCCGCUUUUCGCCCGACGUUGAAGGGCUCAGGCAACAAUUCUACACGUGUGCCACAGGAGCUUUAAACGCUUGCUUGUCUUUCGUUCACAAUAAAAGGAUGAAAGGGUUUCCUCCGAGUCUCUCGAACUACGACCCCACGGUCUCCCGAGACAACAUGUCUGACGAGAAAAUGAUAGAUGAUGAAUUUGCGUUUUUGGAAAACUUGUUUGUGUCGUCGAUGAAUAUAAACAGCGACGCCAAGGGAUUCCCAGUCCUCGAUGAGUUCACUCGCGAAGUUGCGCGUGUCUUGGAAUCCGAGCAGAUGAGUUUCUUCUUGUUGUUUGCAGGUCAGGUUUUCCUUGAUAUCAGUCUCCAUAUUCGAAAAGAUGCUCUAAAAGCUUUUGACAAGAUGCAACAAGAGCUGAGUUCAAUUGAAAGCACUCUUGAUUCAUAUCUCACUACCACAAACCAGGCAUCCAAAGAGGCCACGAAAAUUAUUCACGACAUCCGGUACGUGCUGGGGUUUAUCAAGGAGGACCAAUCCUUUGGAGACGUCGACGGAGCUGCCAGGAAAAACAACAUGGAGCCACCUCUUCCAAAUGAGAGACACCGUCUCUACAAGCUCUCGCCUGUUUUAUGCGGUUUUACUACUUUCCAUUUCCGAGCAAGGGUGUAUGAGUUCAGCACUCGUCCUAGCGCGAUUGCAGUUAUCCAAGACGUCGCCCACCUUUACGAGGCUCUGUAUUCCGAGGACGUGCUCGAUUCGGACUGGCAAGACUUGACAGAGAUGGAGAUUAGACUCGGUCUGGGCGCCAUCUUCAACUCCCAAUCUGACUUCGAAAGACCAAGCGGUACGAAAGGGAUUUUCAAGUCGCUUGCUCUCCAGAAAGGGGCAUCUGUCUCUGCUUUGAAAAGGAUGAUGAAUCUUUCCAACGGAUCAAUGCAGGUGUCUUUCCCAAGACGCACGAAAAGAACUAUUGGGUCACAGACCCCUCUAUCCGUCUUCUUCAUGGACAGAUAUGUCCGAGACUCUGGGCGAGCCGACAUGAGGCCAGAAGAUGUGGAAAGGCUCCUCUCCCUCAGGAAAUUUGAGUUCUUAUUCCGUGGGGACGACGGACAUGAGUAUUCCAUUGUUACGAGGAACGCAGCACAAGCUGAAGUGGCCAAGACUGUUUUGAAACCCGCCAAACCCGCCAAACUUUUCCCACACGAGCUAGCGAACAAACUAGGUCAAGACCUGAACAAAGAGAGUGUUAUGUUUGCAUUCCCAUUUUUGGUGGUGGAGAAUCUCUGUCAAGAGUUCCUUCGAGACCUUAGCACAUCUCCCAGUCUCUUGGCUAUGCAACAAGCUAACUCCAUGAGGUUUGGACUGCCCGACUCGCCGGAAUGUAUCGUCUUAUUUAUUCUUCUAUGCAACCUUCAUGGAUUGCCGAUCAAAGAAGAGGUAUACAAGAUAGCCGCAGACUUGUUUCGCAGUAAGCUGUCUACUUGUUGGGGAAGGGCAGGUCACAACAAGAUGGCGGAAACAUGGCAACUUGACAUGACUUUCUGUCGCUUUGAAUUAUCUUGA